AAUACAGUCGCAACAAGAAAGGCCGUUUUUUUUUAUUAUUAUUAUUAUCAUUUUAAAGCUGCAGGAAACGAGAGGAGACCCUAUUAAAAACUUGAAAGGCUAUAAAACGGUUUAGUCACAGCCUUAAGUUGCACCAGAGCUGUUUAACUUUGACUUUUCUUUUUUUAUUAUUAUCAUUUUGCGGCCAAAGUUUUCUUCUCAGCCAAAUUUAGCGUCAAGAUCCCGGCAGCUGGGCUCCAUUCCAAUUCAUUUAAGAUGUUGUGGCUGAGAGGUGUGACCCUUUUACUGAUGGCCCAAGCCUCCACUUCCAUGGUGAUGCUUCAAAAUUCCACUGGAUUGAAGUGGAUGCUGGACAAAUAUCUGGAUGAAAACGGGGACUGGUGGGAAGCGAAGCAGAGAGGGAAAAGGGCCAUCACCAACACCGACGCUCAGCUGAUCUUGGACCUGCACAACAAGCUCAGAGGCCAGGUUUACCCCCCUGCCUCCAACAUGGAGUACAUGGUAUGGGACACAGAGCUGGAACGAACAGCUGAGGAGUGGGCAGAGACCUGCCUAUGGGAACAUGGUCCUGCCGGCUUACUCCCACAGAUCGGGCAGAACCUGGGCGUGCAUUGGGGAAGGUAUCGCCCCCCUACGUUCCAUGUGCAGGCCUGGUACGAUGAGGUGAAAGAUUACUCCUUCCCUUAUCCUCAGGAGUGUAACCCCUACUGCCCUUUCAAAUGCUCUGGGCCUGUCUGCACACAUUACACACAGCUUGUUUGGGCCACAAGCAGCCGAAUUGGCUGUGCCAUCAACCUCUGUUACAACAUGAACGUGUGGGGACAAAUUUGGGAAAAGGCUGUAUAUCUUGUCUGCAACUAUUCACCAAAGGGUAAUUGGUGGGGUUAUGCCCCCUACAAACAUGGGACCCCAUGCUCUUCAUGUCCUCCAAGCUACGGGGGAGGAUGCAAGGACAAUCUCUGCUACAAAGAUGAUAGAUCCAACCCUCCACAGGAGGAAACAGAGGAAAGCAACUUUAUUGAGCCAGAGCAUCCUAGAGGCACGAAACCUUGGUCUCGGGUCUCCAAUCCUGCACCUCACGUCUUCCCUGCCCCAGCCCCGUCCCCCACUGAGCCCCCCACAGAGGACCAGCAGGGGUAUGAAGUAGUCAACAUACAGCAGAUGUCUCAGCUCGUCACCUGCGACACAAAGCUUCGAGAUCAGUGCAAAGGAACAACAUGUAACAGGUACGAGUGUCCAGCUGGAUGCCUGGAUGCAAUAGGAAAAGUGGUCGGAACGGUCUACUACGAAAUGCAAUCUAGUGUGUGCAGAGCUGGUCUACAUGCUGGUGUCAUUGAUAACGAUGGGGGUUGGCUGGAUGUGACGAGACAAGGCAGAAAGGACUAUUUCAUCAAAUCCAACAAAAAUGGAGUCCAAUCUGUAGGAAAAUAUCAAAGUGCCAACUCCUUUACUGUUUCUAGAGUGGCAGUUAAAGCCAUUACAUGUGAAACCACAGUUGCGCAGUUGUGUCCAUAUGAAAGGCCUCCAAGACACUGUCCACGGUUAUACUGCCCAAUGAACUGUUUAGGAGAGAAUCCUCACCUUUCCAGGGUCAUCGGUACCAGAAUAUACUCUGAUAGGUCCAGCAUAUGUCGGGCAGCUGUACAUGCUGGAGUCAUUGGGAAUGGAGUGGGUGGUUACAUAGACGUGAUGCCAGUGGAGAAGCGGAAUCACUAUGUAUCCUCAUACCAAAACGGUAUUUUCUCUGAGAGCCUUCAAAACCCUCCUGGAGGGAAGGCGUUCCGAGUCUUCGCUGUGAUCUGAGCAACAAAGAAGAUGGUUUAACAUAAUCAUACGAGGCACUUGAGGUUAUUGAAGGGACAUAAAUCAAGCCAUGCUGUAAAAUACAGUGACUGAAAUCUUUUGGGCUCUCCCAUACUUCAGGGGUUAGAGGUCAUCACCGUGAUAAUGCAAACCCAGGAGGAAAAACUUAAAGGGACUCAUCUCUGUGAAUAUAGCUUAGAAUUUCUGUAAAUACUUGUAAAUAGUUUUUGCCUUGCCUUUUUUUUUUUUAUUAAGUACAGUAUACUGUAUAAAUAUGAAUAAAAAAAUUAAAUCAUAAGGGCACAUACCAGAGAAAUCUAAUUUUUAUUGAAUAACCUAUUACACAUUUUUGUUGGUGCUUUGGAAGGUCUAUCUUCAUUUUGUACUUUUAUAAUAACUGGGAAAAUUGUAUGCAUUAGUUUUAUACGUGUUAUGCUGUGUCUAUAUAAAUUGUACAGGAUGCUGCUCAAUGUGUUUUUGUGUUAUUUCACCUGUUUUUUGUUGUUGUUUUUUUUUCUUCUCUUUCCAAUAAUGAAAAUAGAGCUACAGCUCCCUGCAGGUCAGGAAGUGCACCCAAACUGCUGAGUGGUCUAUCACUUGCCGAAAUAUCUUUUUUUUCAUUUUCCCUGACCGGAAUGUAAAUGUAAUCAGAAAUAAUAGCAUGCAACAAUUUUUGAAGGUUUAAGCUGUAUAGCGGUCUGAUAAAGAUGGUGUGAGGGAUUGCCAUGAGUCAAUGUAAUCAACUGGUUUUCCUUAUAUAGAAAACUUUGAAUCGAUUUGACUGUAUGAUCUGGUUGAAUUGUCUCUGUAAAGUACCUUGAGAUAACAUGUGUCGUGAGUUGGGGCUAUAUAAAUAAACUGAAUUGAGUUGAAUAAUUGUACUGUUUUCUAUCAUAUUACAUAGACCACAUUGUACACAUUUCUUUCCUCUGGAGGAAGAAAG